AUGUCACCAAAAUACAAAAUGACGGUGACUGCUUGGGAUGCUGUGUUGCUUGUGGAGAGUGCGGGGGCAGCCAGAGAACUAUAUGACGAGACUCUGAUGUGGUGUUCUGAGUUGUCUGCAAUUUCUAUGAUGCGAGCACCCAAUACUAAUGCAAAUGACAGCACACUAAAUGUGCUGAUUUGUGCUGGAGAUGGUGGUUUGUGGAGCGAGAAUGACGGCAGCUGCACUGUUGGCAUCGCUGUAUCAGGAUGCAAAGGUGCUGCAUGUUGUACUGUUGGCAUCGUAAUGGCAUGUGCCAUAGCAGGUUGUGGAGUUUGGUACUGCAAGUGCACCACGACCAAGUUGCAGCAAUGCCCAAUGGACAUGCAGAGCUUCUUCCAUACUUUGAGGAUUAUUGCAGCACCCCAAUAA